AUGGACCAGGUGAUGGACGGCGGGCUCGUCCCGCUCGAGCAGUGGUUCUGGGAGACGCCCAUCUGCACGCGAUGGUGGACAACAGCGACGUUUGCCAUCAGUGCGCUCGUGCAGUGCCAGAUCUUGACGCCGCUCCAGCUCUACUACAGCUAUCGCUCAGUAUUUGUUAAGGGCCAGUACUGGCGGCUCUUGACCACGUUCCUCUACUUCGGCCCCAUCUCCCUCGACCUCAUCUUCCACGUCUACUUUCUCCAGCGCUACUCGCGCCUCCUCGAGGAGUCCGCCGGCCGGUCCCCGGCCGUCUUCUCGUGGCUGCUGGUCUACGCCAUGGCCUUCUUGCUCGUCCUUUCGCCGCUCGUCUCCACGCCGUUCCUCGGCCAGCCGCUCUCCUCGACGCUCGUCUACAUUUGGUCGCGGCGCAACCCCGAUACACGGCUCAGCUUUCUGGGUCUGAUGGUGUUCACCGCGCCGUACCUGCCGUGGGUGCUGAUGGCCUUUAGUCUGGUGCUGCACGGGACCGUCCCCAAAGAGGAGAUCAUGGGCGUGGUCAUCGGCCACGUCUACUACUUUUUUACCGACGUGUACCCGCCGCUGCACAACGGGUCGACGCCGAUGGGCCCGCCCAACUGGUGGCGGCGCUUGUUUGAGGGCCCGCCGCCGCGGCCGGAGGGGCCCGACGACGACCUGGACGAUGACACGGCCGGAGCCUUUGAUGGUGCCGACCUGGCGGCUGCUCGCGCUGAGCGCAUCCAGCCGGAGGUGAGAUGA